AUGGCAAAUGGCUACUGUAAUAACGCUUCAUGUGCUGAUCGAGAAACACAAUUACGUUUAGCACGACUUCGUGAAGAAUUAUUAACUAAUUUCAAUAGUUUACUAUUAGAUCGUAUCCGUUUUCUUGAACAAACAAUUAGUCAAUUGUCAUCAUCAGUGAUACUGUCAUCAACAGCAACUGUACCUCCAGCAACAACAACAUCAUCAGUGUUUACAAGUGCGACUCGAGCACCUUCAGGCACAGAUCGUGUUUCUACGCCAUCAGUUCUUCGACGUAGUUCGUCAACGACUACUUAUUUUCUUCAAAGUCCUUUCAGUCAAAUCCUAUCAGGAAAUGUUGCUGGCGCACGUUCAUGUCCUUCAAGUGUUGAUUUGUCAACAAGUGAAGAACGACGAUCAAGAUUCUUUUCAUCGAAGAAAACUUCUCGAUCACAAACGCGAACAUCAUCUGAAAGUAAUGGUAAUUAUCUAUCAAUACCAAUGGAUGGGCAAGUAUCAACAGUGACGAAUGAUUCGAUUUCGACUCCUACUAAUACGAGUGAAAGAGGACGACUUGAAUCUCGACGUUUCGCUUGUGAUGUCGAUGACAAUGAAGUACGUGCAUUCAAAGCCAUGGUGUAUAUGGAACAAGCUCGAAAACAGCACGCACGGCCGCUAACUCGUUUACGACAAGCUUUGGGUAUAUCAAGUAAUUCACAUACGGGAAACUAUUCAUUUCAUGGUUCGAAAAAGCAUUCGAAUGCAUAA